CCUCAGUCUCCCUUGAGUGUCUCUAGUUGAAUCAGACAACCCCCUCAAGAUCUAUGGUCGCUAUUCACAAUCCCUUCCGCACUCCCACGGUGACGCCUACCCCCACAGGGCGCACCGGACGUUCCUCUCCCCCACUUCCUUCGCCUCCCGUAAAUGACGACGUCCCACCUCCAUCCUCCUAUGCACCACCUCCCGGGCCACCUCCGGAGAGGGUUGCGCCUACAUCGACUCCUCCCGAGAGAACAGGGGGCUCUGUAGCGGAGCUCCUGAAAGAAGAACUACCUCCUGCUUACACUGCUACGCCCAACGUCCGUGAGGGCGAGACUACUCUCGAGCUCGGCCCGCGAAGGCCCUUCCAACAACCAGUAGCAACCCCAAGCCGACAUCAAGCUCAAUUCCCUCCUCCAACAUGGGGGAUGACGUCGCCGCAGCUUACCGGCGGCAGCAGCUGGUCCUCUUUCCCUGGCAACGUCCAUCGUUCUGGAUUCGCACCUCCCCCACAGCAUCCUGUCCAGCGUUCACAAACGACGAGACUACGACCGCUGUCUUCUCCGGACGUCCCAAGCAAUGCAGUUUCGGAUUUCGCGCGCGAUUUCUACGCGGCAGGCCCGGAUGACGGCGGGCUGUUCGGAGGUUCGAGCUCGCAAUAUCAGAGUAGAAGUGCUGGUGCGUCACCCACAUCCCCUUCGGCCAGCUCGCCGGCAAAUCCUGGAUUUGCGCCUGCACUGCACUCGUCCUCGUCCUCAAACGAUGUGGCUGACGACGGUCGUCCGACUGACCGUCCUGUGCCUGGUCACCCACUACUGAGGCACGGCAAGGUACUGGUUUAUCCUAAUGGGUUUGAGUGUCAGAAAUGUCGGAACACCGGCUACAAGAAUUACGACCCCUCCCACCCAUGCUCUCGUUGCUGGGAUAAGUACGCAAAGCCCUACGCAGGCGCGAUUGUGUACGCGCCAUGGACACCUGGGCCUGACGGGCCAUCAGCGUCGUCGUCGUCGACGUACCAGCGCCCGUUGCCUGUCUUCCGAUCACCACAAUCAUCUCUACACAACCACAGCGCGUCAUGGGCAGGUCCGUCCUCCGCCGCCCAGGAACUCUCACGAUCCGCAACCACGUCCCGCGUUCCAUCUGGUGCCGGCUAUCCUGGCGCAUCUUCGCGUGUCGUGCCCAUCGCGGGCGGUGUUUUGCCAAUGUCCUCGUACCUUGACCGUCUAGGUGUCGGGGCAGGAGCGCGGACCGGCUUCCCACCGCCAUCGUGGGGUCCGGUCGGAGAGCUGAGUGGCGGCUCGCCGUCGUUGGGGAACGUCGUUGUGUACUCGCCUGGCGAUCCGAGGAUUGGCGGGCGGCUUUGUUGGCGAUGUGGGGGCAGUGGGAAGACGUCCUUCUUGAUAUUUGACGAGGACACAUGCGGCAUAUGCAACGGUGUGGGACGGACGUUCGUGUAGGUAGGAAGCUCGGGCGCGUUGCGAUGGUCAACGGUAUUUGCAACUAUUGAACGUGGAGACCGCCAAUUCUGAAGUCUGCUAUCGGACUUACAGUAGUUCUCGUUCUCACAAAUUUGCCGCUUGUACGAUAGUCAUGAUGAACGCUCGGCAUGGCAGCCUACGCGACGCGGUUGGAUUGAUAGAAGCCGUCUCGUCGGCUGUCACUGCGGUUUUGUCUUACUGAGAACAUCUUUCUUCCACUAUACUUCAGCUGGCACAUGUCGCUACCCUUGACUAUCGAAACAGCAAGUCAGCCAGAUCAUGAACCUGUGUAUUACGUUGAUGACCAGGAGUAAGUCAAACGUCCACUGAAGUCGCUUCUCCGUUUACUACACAUCCAAGAUUGAUCACAGGUAGAUCCACCAAGUCUCAUGGCAUCCGAAAC